CGGAGCCAAAAUUUGGCGGUAAAAUAAGCCCUAGGGACACGCGUCACAUGUGUACUGGGUGUGAUGUAUGGUGUCGGCUAUGAUGCAUGGUGAUGUGGCAUAUAAUGCUAUGUUUUCCCGCGCGAGAAGAGCUAAAAGGGUUUAUUUCCCCCAAACGCUAAUUAAAAAAAAUGCUAAAAUAGAAAACGUAAACCUAUUUCUCUCUCUCUAUCUCUCUGUAUCUGUUUCUCUCUCUUCUUCAUAGAGAUAAGGGGGAAACAUCACCAGCAAAGCAGCUAAAAGUUGGAAAUCUAGAAAUUAUCAGAUCGGAGAUCUGAAAUUAAUGGCGGAGCUUAAGAAGAUUUCGAGCCCCGAAGAUGGAGGUGGGACCACCAGCAUUGAAGCGCGCUUCGCUCAGUUUUGCAAGAAUGAUCUACCGUUGGUUGACGACAACUUUUUGACACAAGCGACAAAGUUGUUUAAUGAAAGCAAGAAUCUUCUGAUGACUAAUUUCUCUGCUGUUGGAACUGGGACGCCGGAUGAAGCCGAACGGUAUUGGUUUGCAUUUGUUCUCUACUCAGUGAGAAGGCUCAGUGAGAAUGGUGCUCCCGCAGAGAAGGGACUUUCUUUAUGCCAGAUUCUGAAAGCAGCAAGGCUCAAUGUUUUUGAUUUUUACAAAGAACUUCAUCAGUUUCUGAUCAAGGUUGGAUCAAUUUUGAAUAACCUUUACGGCGGGGAUUGGGAGAAAAGACUCAAGGCAAAGGAAUCACAAACCAACUUUGUGCAUUUGACCGUUUUGAGCAAGAAGUACGAGCGUGCGUUUCGGGAAUUUUUCUCUAUUGCGGAUGGUAAUAAUGACAAGCAAUUAGUUGUUGCCAAUACCUCUGGCUGUGAAUCAGACUAUUACCGUUUCGGAUGGUUACUAUUUCUGGCGCUUCGUGUACAUGUCUUCAGUCUUUGCAAGGACCUAGUAACAUGCACUCAUGGUCUAGUUUCUGUACUGGCAAUACUCCUUAUACAUGUCCCUGCUCGCUUCAGAAAUUUCAACGUCAGUGAUUCUGAACACAUUGUUAUGAAAGGUGACAAGGUUGACCUACUUGCAUCACUUUGCAAUAUGUAUGAGACCUCAGAAGACGAGUUAAAGAAAACUAUGGAAAAAGCAAACAGCUUGAUAGCUGACAUUCUGAGUAAAAAGCCUUGCUUGGCUUCUGAACGUAAACCUGAAAACUUGGAAAAUAUUAUCACAGAUGGUUUGAUUUACUUUGAAGAUCUGAUGGAUGAAUCAUCUUUGUCAUCUAGUUUAGUCUUACUAGAGACAGAUUAUGAUGCCGCAAAUAAAAAUGUGGGUGAAUUGGACGAGAGGAUUUUCAUCAAUGAGAAUGACAGCCUGCUAGGUUCAGGUAGCUUAUCUGGAGGUGCUGUAACCACGAAUGGAGGUGGAGCUAAGAGGAAACUGGACGUUAUAUCUUCCCCAACAAAGACACUUACAAGUCCAUUAUCUCCUUACCGGUCUCCUGCAAGUCACUCGAAUGGUGGCAUAUACAAGAUAGCAGCUACUCCUGUCAGCACUGCAAUGACAACUGCAAAAUGGCUAAGGACAGUUAUAGCUCCACUUCCAUCUAAACCUUCAGCUGAUCUGGAGAGAUUCCUGUCGUCAUGUGACAGGGAUGUGACUGCUGAUGUCACUAGGAGGGCACAGAUAAUACUCGAGGCCAUCUUUCCAAGUAGUGGUCCAGGGCAAAACGCAAGCUUGAUGGACAACAUGUGGGCUCAACACCGUCGAAUGGAAGCAAUGAAGCUUUACUUCAGGGUUCUGCAAGCAAUGUGCACAGCGGAGUCACAGAUUUUGCAUGCAAACAAUUUAACAUCUUUGCUAACCAAUGAGAGAUUUCACAGAUGUAUGCUUGCUUGUUCUGCUGAGCUUGUUCUGGCAACGCAUAAAACUGUGACGAUGUUGUUCCCAACUGUUUUGGAGAGAACAGGGAUAACAGCUUUUGAUCUCAGUAAGGUGAUAGAGAGCUUCAUCAGACAUGAGGAAAGUCUCCCGAGAGAACUCAGAAGACAUCUAAAUUCUCUAGAAGAACGACUUUUGGAGAGCAUGGUUUGGGAAAAAGGCUCUUCAAUGUAUAACUCCUUGAUAGUAGCAAGAUCAACCCUUUCCACAGAGAUAAGUCGUCUUGGCUUAUUAGCUGAACCCAUGCCAUCUUUGGAUGCGAUUGCCAUGCACUUUGAUGUGUCGUGUGGGGCAUCACCUCCCAUGCAAUCCUUGCUGAAGAACGAAAAACAAGGUCAAAAUGGAGAUAUUUGUUCACCGAAAAGAUUGUGCACUGAGUACCGGAGUGUAUUAGUUGAGCGGAACUCAUUCACUUCGCCGGUGAAGGAUCGCUUUUUAGCCCUGAACAAUCUGAAACCGAAGAUUCCACCACCUUUUUUGCAGUCUGCAUUUGCCAGUCCUACAAGACCAAAUCCAGGUGGUGGAGGGGAAACUUGUGCAGAAACAGCAGUCAAUGUGUUCUUCAGCAAGAUUGUGAAGUUAGCUGCUGUAAGAAUAAAUGGCAUGGUUGAAAGGCUACAGCUUUCCCAGCAGAUAAGAGAGUCUGUCUACUGCCUUUUCCAAAAGAUCCUUGGUCAACGGACAACUCUGUUUUUCAACCGACAUAUUGACCAAAUUAUCCUUUGCUGCUUUUACGGAGUAGCUAAGAUUUCCCAACUGAACCUGACAUUCAAAGAAAUCAUUUCCAAUUAUCGGAAGCAACCUCAAUGCAAACCACAAGUUUUUCGUAGUGUCUAUGUCGAUUGGACAGCUCAGCGUCGCAAUGGGAAAAACGGGCCAGAUCACAUUGAUAUUAUAACAUUUUACAAUGAAAUAUUUGUUCCUGCGGUAAAACCACUCCUAGUUGAGCUUGCCCCAGGUGGUUCGACACAAACUACUUCUCAGUCCCCGGAGACCAAGAAUAAUAUAGAUGGUCCAUGUCCAGCAUCACCCAAACCAUCUCCAUUUCCAAGUCUUCCGGACAUGUCACCGAAGAAAGUAUCUGCAGCACACAAUGUUUAUGUCUCUCCAUUGCGAUCAUCUAAGAUGGAUGCAUUAAUUUCUCAUAGCUCUAAAAGCUAUUAUGCAUGUGUUGGGGAAAGUACUCAUGCUUACCAGAGCCCUUCCAAGGACCUGACCGCAAUUAAUAACCGUUUGAACGGAUCUCGGAAACUCAGAGGCACACUCAAUUUUGAUGAUGUUGAUGUUGGCUUGGUGACAGACUCUAUGGUUGCUAAAAGCCUUUACGUCCAAAACGGAAGCUGUUCAUCUUCACCACCUAUGCCUGUUAAAUCUGAGCAACCGGACUCCUAGUUUUGUAGUUGCAGAUUUCUAUGCUUUGUAGAUAUUUUUUUUAUGUUUUUUGGGUAAUGUAGGUCAAUAGUUAAAGCAAUGCCGUGGGGUUUGAUAUGAGCGGUGAGUUAUUAUAUAAUGGUCGCCACGAACCCCCAGCUCGUAUACAUGUUAGUCCUGAUCCCGAGAUUUGUGAUGGUUUUCGAUUUAUGUAUGAUCAGCUCUUUAAUAAAGUUAGACUUAGUUCUGUCUACAAUACAAAUACCUCAUGUUUCACUAGUGUACUAAAUUGGGUUUUUCUUCCCGUCGAAUCUGCUUUGAGAUUAGAUGUGUAUUCUGUGUUGGAUCAGUGCAUUAGGUCAUUGAAUGUAUUGGUGAUAGCGAGAUUGUAAGCAUCUUUUAAAAAA